AUGUACGUGCCACGGCCCUCCCGCUCCGAUGGUAGCCGAGACGCCGACGAGCAGCCUAGGGUUUACCAGGUUUGGCGCGGAAACAACGAAUUCUUCUUGCAAGGGAGGCUUAUAUUUGGGCCUGAUGCGAGAUCCAUAUUUCUCACUAUGUCCCUCAUCUUUGUACCAGUGGUGGUGUUCUGUGUAUUUGUCGCCAGACACCUCAUAAAUGACUUUCCUGAUCACUGUGGUAUCUCAGUGAUGGUAGUGGUGGUUGUCUUCACCGUCUAUGAUUUGACGCUACUUCUUCUUACAUCUGGUAGAGACCCUGGUAUAAUACCUCGCAAUACUCACCCUCCUGAACCUGAAAGCAUCUAUGGGAGCAAUUAUAUUAGAGGUCAAACACCGCUCCGUUUGCCUCGGACAAGGGAUGUUGUUGUAAACGGAAUUAGUGUGAAGGUUAAGUAUUGUGACACCUGCUUGCUUUACCGACCACCUCGAUGCUCACACUGUUCUAUCUGCAAUAACUGCGUGGAACGGUUUGAUCAUCAUUGCCCAUGGGUUGGACAAUGCAUUGGGCAGCGUAAUUAUCGGUUCUUCUACAUGUUUGUAUUCUCCACCAUGUUAAUCUGCCUCUACGUAUUUGCCUUUUGUUGGGUGUACAUAAUCAAGAUUAGUGAUGCUGAGCAUUUGUCAAUUGGGAGGGCAAUGUUAAAGACACCAGCCUCAAUUGUUCUGAUUGCCUACUGUUUUCUUUGUGUGUGGUUUGUUGGUGGUCUGUCUGUCUUCCAUUUCUAUCUGAUGAGCACAAACCAGACAACUUAUGAAAAUUUCAGAUACCGCUAUGAUCGGCGGGCUAACCCCUAUAACAGAGGUAUUCUGAACAACAUUCUAGAGAUAUUCUGCAGCUCUAUUCCUCCUUCAAAGAACAAUUUUCGGGCAAGAGUCACGGUAGAGCAAGGUGUAGAACAAGCACGAUCUUCAUCUGGGGGUUUCAUGAGCCCCGACAUGGGCAAGGCUGUUGGAGAUCUUGAAAUGGGCAAGAAGCCAGCGCCUUGGGAUGAACCCAGGACGACAGCCGAUAUUGGCGACUUGGAAGUAGGUCUUGGUGGCAUGUUGGAUGAGAAAGAGGGCAGAGUAACCCAUGCAUCCCCAGAUGUUAGCCGAGAUCAACUUUCCCCGGAGCUUGUGGAAGGCCGAGCUGGCAUGCAUUCAAGGCAUUCAAGCUGGGAUCCUAGAGCUGAAACCUCGGAGUCAGUGAACAGCAAUUCUGUGCAAACAGCCCCUACCGAGGAAACUAAUGGGGGCGGCCAUGUUACUACGAGCGGUGCGCAUUAG